AUGACAAAGUCGACAUACAUCCCCGGCACGCACCAGGUCAACGGCGAGCGCCUGAACGCCACCCUGCACGAGACGUGCGAGUGGGGCAAGGCGAACCGAUGGGGGGACGGCCCCAACGAGACGGGUAUGUGCCGCCUUGCGCUCAGCGACAGCGACAAGCAGGUGCGCGACUGGUUCGUCUCGGAGCUCAAGAAGCUGCGUUGCAGCGUGACAGUCGAUGCGAUGGGCAACAUCUUCGGUGUGCGGCCCGGCAAGCGCGAGGGCCCUCCGACAGCUAUGGGCUCUCACCUCGACACGCAGCCGACGGGCGGCCGCUACGACGGCAUUCUGGGCGUGCAGGCCGCGCUCGAGGUCCUCCGCACGCUCGACGACAACAAGAUCGAGACCGAGUUCCCCAUCGCGGCCAUCACGUGGACGAACGAGGAGGGCGCGCGAUUCCCCAAGUCCAUGCACGGCAGCGCGGUCUGGGCAGGCGCCGUGUCCCAGGACGACGGGUACGCGCUGGCAGACGUGACGGACAGCAGCAUCACGACGAAGAGCGAGCUCGAGCGCAUCGGAUACCUCGGCACCGUGCCGUGUUCGCACGAGGAGACGCCGCUCGCGGCCCACUUCGAGCUGCACAUUGAGCAGGGCCCCAUCCUCGAGCGCGAGGACAAGGUCGUCGGCGUGGUCCAGGGCGGCCAGGCGUAUCGGUGGUACGAGCUUACGGUGUCUGGCCGUGACAGCCACGCGGGCACGACGCCGCUCGACGCGCGCGCCGACCCCGUGCUUUGCGCCGCGCGCAUCAUCUCCGCCGCCAACGACAUUGCGCACAAGCACUCUGGUCUCGCGACGACGGGCAUCUUCCGCCUCGAGCCCGGGUCGGUGAACACGAGCGCGCGCGAGGUCGUCUUCUCCAUGGACAUCCGGCACAUGCAGGACGCCAAGCUGGACGAGAUGGAGAAGGAGCUGCGCGCGGCCGUCGAGGAGCUGGCGAAGGGUGAGAAGCCGUACAAGGCCAAGCCGUGCAAGGUCGAGUGGAAGCCGCUCUUCGCCAACCCGGCCAUCAAGUUUGACCCGGCGUGCAUUGCGGCAGUGCGCGAGGCGGCAGUGAAUGCCGUCGGUGAGGAGAAGACGAGGGACAUCUACUCUGGCGCCGGACAUGACUCUUGCUUGACGGCGCUCCACUACCCGACCGCCAUGGUGUUCAUCCCCUGCAAGGAUGGCCUCAGCCACAACCCCGAGGAGUUCGCUACCGCCGAGCACUGCAGCAUCGGCACGCAGGUCCUCCUCGACGCUGUGCUGGGUUACGACUCGAAGCGCUCCCAGUAA